CCAGAGCCUGACGACUACCUCCACAAUCCUGAUCCUCGUCGCGAUCGCAAACAUGACACUGGUGGUCAUUUCUUCACCUUUCGAGGUCUCACCAACUUGGGAUGUAUGAUUGUUUUAUGUGUCGGCCUUCUUACUUUAUUCGCUGGAUAUCCACUUAUUUCACACUUUACGGCUCACCCCCUCUCUACCUUGGGUGGUUUCAAUCUUGGUGGGAUCAACGCCAGUGGCCAAGUACCAAGCAUGGCGGGAAAUUGGGGAUUGGUAGACCUUGAGACGCCAUCCAACCUCUAUACCAUACCUUCAUAUCAUGAUCCCACCCAAGAACUCCAGCUCGUCUUUAGUGAUGAGUUCAAUACAGAUGGCCGUACAUUUUAUCCUGGAGAUGAUCCGUAUUGGGAGGCAGUGGACCUCCAUUACUGGGAGACAAACAACUUGGAGUGGUACGACCCCGAAGCCAUCACCACGAAAAAUGGCUUUCUCCAAAUCACCUUGUCUAAGAAAGAAAUCCACAACCUCAACUAUGAAGGCGGUCUUAUGUCGACUUGGAACAAGUUUUGUUUUACUGGCGGUCUGCUACAGACCUCCGUUAGUUUGCCAGGCGCAAACAACAUAGUUGGCUUAUGGCCCGCAGUCUGGACCAUGGGAAACCUAGGGCGUGCCGGAUAUGGCGCAAGUCUGGAAGGCAUGUGGCCCUACUCCUACGACGCUUGUGAUGUUGGCACCGCUCCCAAUCAAACUAUCAAUGGGCUGCCCGUCGCCGCUACCGUCAACGGCGACCCUUACAAUGGGGAUGUCUUGUCAUAUCUUCCUGGACAAAAGUUGUCAAGAUGCACUUGUAAAGGAGAGUCCCAUCCUGGUCCCAUGCACUCUGAUGGGACCUUCGUCGGUCGUUCAGCGCCAGAAAUUGACGUUUUUGAAGCUCAGAUCACGGGUAAUCCUUUGUCGGGGCAAGUUUCUCAGUCUGCUCAGUGGGCUCCAUUCAAUGCUCAGUAUAUUUGGGCAAACACCUCGAACAAUUUAAUUAUCCCUGAUCCUUCGACCACGUUCCUUAAUCCCUAUGUUGGAGGAAUAACCCAGCAAGCUACAUCUGGUGUCACAACAACGAGAUAUGUAGACCAAUCUUGUUAUGAAUUGGAAGCAGGCUGCUUCUCGACAUAUGGAUUUGAGUAUAAGCCAGGGUUCGAUACCGGGUACAUUACCUGGAUAGCAAACGCAAAAUCAACUUGGACGAUUAUGGGGAACGGCAUGGGCCCAGAUACCACAGUGGAAAUAUCUGCUCGCCCCAUCCCUCAAGAGCCAUUGUAUAUCAUCGUCAACCUGGGAAUGUCGAAAAACUUUGGUGUUGUUGAUCUCCAGCAUCUGACGUUUCCCACCACGAUGCAAAUCGAUUGGAUAAGAGUUUACCAACCUAAGAAUGCCAUCAACAUUGGCUGUGAUCCCUCGGAUUUCCCCACAGAGGCCUACAUCAAUCAGUACAUUGAAGCGUACACAAACCCAAAUCUCACGACUUGGCAGAACGAUUAUCAACAGCCCUUUCCAAAGAACAGUUUAUUGGAUACAUGCUAAAAUACGUACAUCAAGGACAUUUGGACUCGUCUCCCUUCCAUUGUGAUUAUUAUUAUUAUGCAUGUACAGCGUUCUGUACUCUUAGACAGGAGGAAAGAUUAAUUCGAGGGUUGGGAAUCCGCAAU